UACAAACCGUUUAUUCCCCCAUUCCAGCCUCGAAAACAACUUCUCGCACGGAAAGGCACAAAGACCUUGUCUCUCGCUUGAACAAUCUCCCAAGGCCCGUAUCACGCGAUGCCUUCCUUCACUACCGGCACCCCAGAGUCUAUGGUCAAGAGGACCGACUCUUUAAACCCAGAGACGACAUGUCGAGGCGUCACCGGUAACGGUAGACCUUGCCGGCGUCCGCUCAUUGCUGGCUCCCCUAAGCCCAAGCCCAAGCCUAAAUCAAAAAAGACCAGGCUCAUCGUCAACGACCCGAGCGACCCUGAUCAGUACUGCUGGCAGCACAAAGAUCAGGCCGCUGCCUCUGCCAGUCCGAGUCCGGGUCCUCAGCUCUCCAACCAACCCAUCCUCGGGGGACGUACCAGCAUCGACUCCCUGACAGCCCGGCUGGGCCUGCUGCAGACCCAUGGAAAGCCGUCACGCCCGCAGAAGCCCAAUGGCAACUCCAGUUACAAUGAUGGCGGCCAACUUCAGCAGACGAACACCAACGGAUCGUACUCCCGGCCUUCUAAGAAGUUGAAGGAGUGGUCAUUCUGCUGCUUCCGUAUCCCUCUCUACUUCGAAGACCCGACUCCGCCCCCGAGACCACAUCCCACUCCGAUGCAGCAGUUCCCCAAC